AUGUCUGAAACAAUCACAAAAACAAUUACCGUCUUACCAGGUGACCACGUCGGUACCGAAAUCUGUAAUGAAGCCAUCAAAGUCCUUCAAACAAUUGAAAAACACACCCCAUACCAAAAGAUCCACUUUGAUUUCAAACAUCAUUUAAUCGGUGGGGCAGCAAUUGAUGCCACCGGUGUUCCAUUACCUGAUGAUUCCCUCGCCGCCGCCAAAGAAUCCGAUGCUGUCUUGUUGGGAGCAGUUGGAGGUCCAAAAUGGGGUACUGGUGCCAUUAGACCCGAACAAGGAUUAUUAAAAAUUAGAAAAGAAUUGAAUUUAUAUGCUAAUUUAAGACCAUGUAAUUUCGCCUCGGAUGCUUUAUUGGAAUUAUCUCCAUUAAGACCCGAAGUUGUCAAGGGUACUAAUAUGACUAUUGUUCGUGAAUUAGUUGGAGGGAUUUAUUUUGGUGAAAGACAAGAACAAGAAGAAAGUGAAGAUAAACAAACCGCUUGGGACACUGAAAAAUACUCCGUGGCUGAAGUUUCAAGAAUUACGAGAAUGGCGGCAUUUAUGGCACUUCAACAUAAUCCUCCAUUACCUAUUUGGUCUCUUGAUAAAGCUAAUGUAUUGGCUUCUUCAAGAUUAUGGAGAAAAACAGUUGAUAAAGUGAUUUCGGAAGAAUUCCCUCAAUUAUCAGUUCAACAUCAAUUAAUUGAUUCUGCUGCUAUGAUUUUAAUCCAAAAUCCAACUAAAUUAAAUGGUAUCGUUAUAACUUCAAAUAUGUUUGGUGAUAUUAUUUCUGAUGAAGCUUCUGUUAUUCCUGGUUCUCUUGGUUUAUUACCUUCUGCUUCUUUGGCUUCUUUACCAGAUACAAAUUCUGCAUUUGGAUUAUAUGAACCAUGUCAUGGUUCUGCUCCUGAUUUACCUGCUAAUAAAGUCAAUCCAAUUGCUACUAUUUUAUCAGUAGCUAUGAUGUUGAGAUUAUCUUUGGAUUGCCUUAAGGAAGCUGAAGCCUUGGAAGAAGCGGUUAAACAAGUUUUGGAUUCAGGUAUCAGAACGGCAGAUUUACGUGGAUCUAACUCAACUACUGAAGUUGGUGAUGCUGUUGCUGAAACUGUUGCUAAACUUUUACAAGCUGCUGCUUAA